GUUUUAGCUAAAAAAAUAAAGAAAGAAAUUCUGUUGCAUUACACGACUUGAAAAAUUGAAAGGAUUACAUUAUGUACUAAAACAGGUCAGAAUUAAAAUGUCUAAAAGAAGCAAAACAGAGUGUGAUAAUGCAGCUAUUGAUAACAAAUUUGUUGAAAACCACACCAAGCUAUUUAAGGAGAAAUGUGACCAGUUUGAUAAGUGUAUUGACCACUUGUAUACACAAGCUAAUGGAAUCUUAAUAGGAAGCACAAAGGAUGUGCACUUAAAGCAAAUCUGUAGUUUCCUUGCAAGAUCUUCUAACACGUCUGACAACUGUAAACGAGAUGACAGACAUGAGAUUUCCAAGUUCUUGAACCAGCGUAUGACAUCAAACAGUACAUUUAAGUCGUGUUGGGAGAGUAGAGUUUCUACACCGUUUGAUAAUGUGUGCAGUGAUGUUCAAGCGUCAAGCAUCGUGUGUAAAGUUAACGGAACACAUAGAAUAGCGCGAGAAUUUGUGAAUCGACAGCUAAGAAAUUUGGACUGCGGCUGCAGAGAAUUGAAUGAAACACAAAAAGACACGGGUACACUGUCCAUUCCACUUGUCAUUGGUGCCUGUGUAGGCGGGUUUCUGCUUCUAGCCACGCUCUUCGCCGUCUGCUUCAUCUGGUACAGGAGGAAAAGUGUGAAGAACAAAAAAAGUCAUCCCACACCUGAUGGUUACAGUAAAUAUGGUGCAGCUGAUGUGAACUACGAGGACCAUUUGUACUAUCAAAUUGAUGACAAAGCGGUACCUCCUACUCUGCCUCCAAGAAAUGUAAAUAUGAUACAUAAUAAAAGUAUCAACCAGCCAAUGGAUGAACCAGACUAUCUAGUACCCGCGGUGGGGAAAAAUCAAUCUAUGGAAGUGGCUGAUUAUCUAGUUCCCGAGAUGAAUAGAGUUCAAUCGAGUCAGUACUCGACCCCUUACUUCAAUGAGACUGGAGAUAGCGGCUAUUUUAUUCCACUCCCUCCGACAGAUGACGAGGAAGGGAGACAAGUCAGUGAGAUCAAAACGUAAACUUCUUAGAUCAACCGGAAAUGACGAAACGAAAGUAGUAACAUUUUAAAAUAUCUCUUAGAUCCAUUGCUGAGACAUUAAAUGUGUUAAUUUUUUUUUAGAAAUAAAAUUAUACGAAAUAAAAAUUUAUAAUUUUCUUUAAAAAACAAACGUAUACAGACCUUACAUGCCUAUGUAACAGGGAUGUAAAAAAAAUCUCAACUAUUCCGCAUAUUUUAGAUUUUUGAAAUUCCUGUUUCAGUUAGAUAAGCUACACUUCACUUCAUGAGUCUGGUUGAUGAAAGAAUUCAUCAUUAUCGUUUCCUGUUUGUGUGCAAAGCACAAAGAGCAGACGUAGCAGAGUUCAUCUGUUUCAAUGACCUCACUUUAAAUGUCCCUAAUGUGACUCAAGGAGGUCCUACAGUCAACGGACUCGAGUCAGGGAUCUGAACUCGAGAUUUUCGUGUCAGGGGUCGUGAGAUCUGCUCUCAGACCACGGUGUCUAGUGUAAAAAAAAAUUAAUAGCAUAACGACAUUACAAUAUUGAGUAUUUUAAGUGUAAUUAAAGAACAAGGCUCUGUGUUGUCUCCUUCAUUAAU